UGGGGAAGAAAAUAGGCAAAGCCUAAUUCAGCUUGUUAGUUAAAAGUAUUUAAAUUAAAAAUGUCGAGGAUUUCAUUGCCAGUGAAACCUCACAUUUUUAAAGCAAUGCAGACUAUGGACACUGAUGCACUGAUUGCAUCUGAAGAUGUAGAUCUGCGACCUGUUUUACCAGGGCUAGUCAGGAUGGCUCUGUGUGCUCCAUUGGAUGCAAGUGAGAAUGGAAAAUUUAUAAGAAAGAAAGUUUUAGCCAUUCUUUCAAGACUCCAGGUAGUCAAUAGUAUAGUUGACAUGUUAUCUAUUGAUUUUCAUGCCCUGGAGCAAGAUGUUAAAAAGGAACAACAAUUAAGGUGAUUAUACUGUUAAUUUAAUUUAAUGUUAAGCAGAAUCAAAAUUAAAAAUACUAAUACUAAUACUGUGUAAUAGUAUAGUCCCGUAGAUGUAGGUACUUCGGUAAAAAAAUUAUACAAACGUUACAGUUUUACAGGAGCAAAUUUCAAAUUAAAAAAUGAAACCAGAAUCAAAUUUCUAGCUUUAGUUUAGUAAUUUUUGAGCUAUGAAUUUUUAAGGUUAAACUGGGAGUGGGUGUCUGGUAUUUUUUUUUUAAUGAUAUAAUAUUAUAUAGGCCGUGUCUACACGUCCGGCCCGCCGGACGUAUAUCUCCCGCACUAUUAGUUCGGCGACCAAGUCACAUGACCCCCGUAACAAAGUGGCGUGAGAUAUCUUGUCGGCCAGCCUUGUCACGUGACUGCGAAUGAUUCAAAACUAUUGUUAAUUUUAAAAUCUAUUUCUCUACCAAGUAAUGUACUGAGUAUCUUGAAUGCCAAUAAUAGAAAAAACUUAAGUGAAAGUGGCUUGUAAACAUUUUUGUUUAGUUUGUUAUUUGAGUUUGUGUCCCAGUAAUCUAUAAAAUAAAUUAGGGCAGGGGCCAGUAUGGAGUAGGCAACCAAUAAAAGUAAAAGAGUUCAUUUUAUAUUGUUUCAAUUGCUACAAGCUAUUUAAAAACUUCUCAUGAAACUACUAUUGCCGAUGAACAUGAUAAUAUAAAUAUAGUAUAAAAUAUUUUUAAUUAAAAUGGGAAAAAAAAAGAUCCUAUACCAGGUAUUGAUCCUCAAAUCUUAAUAACGUCAAGCGACCACAAGACCACACAAUAUCUGCCUAAUUGCGCUUCGUUCAGAAUAAUAACAACUACUAGCCGUCCGGCGGUCACGUGACAUGCCGCCGGACGUAUAUCUCGCGCACUAUUUGUCCGGCGCGCAGGACCUGUAGACACUUCGUAUUAUAUAUUUAUGGCCAUGACUAUGACGGCUAUGAACUACACCUCCACAUUUUGUAACCCCAUUCCGUUGAUCCUGUAGUGUGCAAUAACUCUUGUUUUAAUGAUAACUUUAUACAGAAUUAAUGACGUAAAAAAUAUGCCCUGCAAACAUAAUUAACCUUCACCCUGUUGAUAAAUGUUUAGUUUUAUUAUUUUUCACAAUCAAGAUAUAAAACUUCUAGUCAGAAAUACUAAUAGGUGAUUAAUAAAUGGUACAAAACAUUCCCUUAAAAUGCAUUCAUCUCUAUAGUGAGUACAGGUAGGUGACAAGAACCCGCCACAAGAAUAUACUAUGUAAAUAUGUGUUGCAGCACAUGUACUCACUUCUUUUGAUACUUCAUGGCCAGUAUGUUCAUGCAAUGGUAAUUUCUAGUCGAGGUGGAUUUCUCUUGGCAACAAGCUUUAUCUUUGCCUAGCAUCCCCCUUUGUUGAACUGAGAGAGAAAAGAAAGAAAAUUUCUCAACUAAAUGCCAAAAGCGAUAAGAUUGAAACUAUUGGAUAAAGAAUGAUACUAUUGGAUAAAGAAUGAUACUAUUGGAUAAAGAAUGAUACUAUUGGAUAAAGAAUGAUACUAUUGGAUAAAGAAUGAUACUAUUGGAUAAAGAAUGAUACUAUUGGAUAAAGAAUGGUACUAUUGGAUAAAGAAUGAUACUAUAUUACAAGACAAGACCAACUGGUAAAAAACCAAUAUGAAUCAGAAAGUUUGAGAAAGCAAAAUUAACUUUAUCAGUCAAGUAAAAUCAAAUGUUUUUUAAGAAGAGUAGAUCUAUAUUACCAUAAGGCUUAUAUAUCUCAAAUUUAUCUCUUUCUUAAAUACUUAUAACUAGACUAAAUUUAAAUAUCUUUGUCCUGUUAAAGACGUCGAAUGGCUGUUAACACCUUGUUAGCAGCAGAGCACAAAGUACUCAUAAAGGUGUUCCAGCUUGGGAUCUUUGAUUCUCUCUGACGAUCUUUUAGCGUAACACACACUGUAUUCUUUCAAAAAUAUUUUGAAUUUUUCUUCAAAAGAUGCAUAGCUAUCAAAAAUGCUACCAACCUCCAUUUUCAAAAAGAAAGUGAGACCUUAUCAAUUAUGAAGCCUAUCAACUCAAGUUUGGAUCAGUUUUUUAAAAAUUGUUAAGACUAUCGAGUCCAAAUAGCCAUUUUAUAUAAAAGGACCCGGAUCAGUAUAUCUACUUUGUUGUUUUAAACAUUACACACAAAUAAGGUAUUAUUUACUGCCAAUAUUAUUAUACAAAACUUUUAGGGACAAGUUUAAAAUUGACUGCAACUUUUAUUGUGUCUCUUAGGUAUGCGGGAAGAUCUGCAAAGAUCCCCUUCAUUGUGCAGCCUGAGUUGUGAUUUUUUAAUACAACGCAAUGCAAAUACAGACAUUUAUGAGAUAUUUUAAUAGAUUAAGUAAAUUAAGUUGUAAUCUGGUGACAUUUGGUGUGUUGUUGCAUAAGGGCAGAAGCAGGAAGUGUCUAUUAUAUUGUGCCUGCCCAUUAACACAAUACAAAAUUGAGCCCUAUGAAUCUCCAAGUAUUCCUAGGCAAUCAACUUGCCCCAACUUUUAUUGUUAUAAAAUGUAUAGCCUAACUUUUAUCCCAUAUGUAGUUUUACUUUUACUGUUUUGCUAAAAAAUUUCUCAGUCCUACUGUAUCAUGAUUCACAUUAAUGUAUUGUCAAAAAGUUAAAAUUCAGAAUGUCAGCCAUACUGGCCAGUCACAUUCACACCAUUGUAUAUCUGUGCCAGUGGUAUCCAUUUUUUCCCCUUUACGUCAUAAAUUUAUUCUGCCAGUUGUAUGUCUGUAUUUUAACUUGUAAUUAUGUAUAGACAGAUGAUUUUUAUUUGCAUCCCAUAUUUAACUUAUACUACAAUGCAGUCUACAUUACAAAAUUCUUAAUGCAUUUUUGUGAUUUUGAUUUCUAGAGCUAAGCUUGGUGGAAAUAUGACAGAAAGUGUACUUGUUUCUCAACUAACUCAUGGUAUUGCCUUGGAGUUUGAAAGAAGUGAGAGUGACCCAGCUCAAAGAAUUAGACUUCUUCUCAGCCAGUUGUUAUUUAUAUCUUCAGAGGUACAGUGUUGUUUUAAACUUUUUCCUGAUAUAACUAAAAGUUACUGAGAAAUAUUAAUUUUUUCCAAUGUUUGUUCUCAAUUAAUCAUAUAGGAAAUUCUGCCCAUUCUUAUAGGCAACAUAUAAUAUUAGCAUUAAAUAAAUAAACAUAGUAUUUUAUUUAUAAAAUUAUUUGGUGAAACAAUUUCUUACAAAAAAUUUUCAGCAUCAAUAUCCUUACAAGCUUUAAUUUUAUUCUCAUUAAAUGAUGAUAUACAGUUAAAUGAUCAAUGAUAAAUAAUAAUGAAGUAUCAAAGAAGUAUUAUAAAUAAGAUUCUGUAUUUAUUGACUAAAUCAGUAAUGUUUCACAUUUUCUUUACUCUCCUUAGUUUGACUUUCAAAAUAUAUGCCAGAGAAUCUAAGAGCAGUGCACAUCUAUGGAGUUGUAUUGCAGUACUAAUAAGUAAUGCUACAAAUGGCAGAUAAAAAUAUGAGCCCUUAAAAGAUAAAUUAAAAAUAUUUCUUGUUUUAAUUCAUUUAGUUGAAGGACCAGAAGGCAGGGAACUAUACUAAACAGUCCGAUUUGUUUGAAUGUCCAGUUUAUACAGAGGAAAUCUUGGAUGCCCUAUGUAUUGCUAUGGCAGGUGAGCUCUUAUAUUGCUUAUUAUAUAAUUUUAUUUACUAAAGUAAUUAAGGUUAAUGUGGAUAUAUAUUUUUUUUUAAAAAUCUACCAGAUAAUCAUUCCUCUAUUAUAAAAGAUUAUCACAUUGUAAAUCUUGAAUGUCUUAUAAUAGUUAUGUUAUAAAUGAAUUUUUCCUGCUUAUCUUAUUUAUCCAUGAUUUUAUGGGUAUUAGUUGGAGAAACAGAACUGUACAUUUUUUCUUUUCUCUCUGCAGAGCUGCCAAAUCUUUUAAACAUCCUUGAUAUGGCAGAAGCACUGUUAUGUGUAAGCAAUGGACCAACACUGGUUUGUCAACUGGUUGCUAACAAUCCAGAAACAUUUCUUGAAGGUUGUCUUAAUUUAGUUGCAGUUUUUAAAUAAAAAUUCAAAGCAAAAUAAAUUUAAACAAAGAUACCUUUUCUAUUUAUUUUUAAACUACAUAUCUAACUAUUUGAAAACACAGGUUUUUUAAAACUAAUUUGUGUGUUUAAAAUUUUUUGUUAGACAUCAAAUUGUUAAUAUUAUUAAUAAAAAUAUUUCUGUUGAUAUUAGUAAUAAAAAUUUUUAAAAGAGGCUGAAUAAAGCUAUUAAAAAAUGAUUACUCUAAAUUUCGUUGAUUGAUUUUUAAAAAAUUAUUUUAAAAAAUUGGAUUGCUUUCUAUUCCCAGUUUGCAACAGCCUGAUAGCAAGGGGAGAAAAACAGGAAGAGGAUUCACCUGGUGGAAUGCGAAGACUUGAACUGCUUCGAAUGUUGUGUUUGGUCAACCCCAAUGCAGCUCUAACUGUCAGAAAUUAUUGUGUAAGAGAUACUAAAUGUUAUCUUUGUACCUCUUAAAACACUGAAUGCUAUCUGUCAGACAAUAAUUAUUUAGGCAGUUUAGAUUUUGAAUUUUUAUAUCAGCAGGUAAGUUCAGUGGUAACAACUUGGGUCCUCAUCUCCUGACUUAAUAGCUCAAAGGGUUGUGUCAGAGGUGUAGUCAUUAUAUAAUUCUGUAAUAUAUGAAAUGAUGGUGGUGCUAAAAUUAUUUGAUUAAAUAUGGGCUUCAAUAACUUUGAAUUUGGAAAGCACUGUUUCACAGCAUUCAUCAUGACAUUAAAAUUCAACAAGAAUAUUUCAGUAUUGACGUGAAAUUACUUAUAUGAACCAGGCUGAAUACUGCAACAUGCCUGGCUUUGCCGUAGCAGUGUCCAUACAGCAGUCAGAGGCUGCUGGGGACGAUGGAGAGAGCUGCAGUGACAUAGUUCCUUACUUCACCAGUUUAUUACUCGGCAGUGAUGUUGGAAUCCGAAACUGGAUCUCAAGUUUUGUGAAAGCAGGACAAAAGGUAAUUAGGUUUAUAUUCACACAAAAAGGUGAUCCAAAAUUAGCAGUUAAACUUUGAUUUAUACUUCCUGUAAGAGACAAGAUGAAAAGGAACACACACAAAAAAAAAAUAAUAAUAAUAUGUUAAAGUGAAAUAAUAAGAUAUCAAUGGUAGCUGCUAAAAUGAAAUAAGCCCUUGGAAAACCAACUGGAAAAUGCAUUAAAGGUUACCAACAUUUAGAAGUAAGUCUAAUUUUAUGUUUUCAAGUAGCUAAUUUAUGCUGCCGUAAACAGUUUAUUCAGGGUAGGGUUCAUAUUUUUAACAUAUAAAGCUAACACAUUUAGAAAUAAAUAUGGGUGUACACCAGGCUUGUCUGGGAACAAGAUGAUUGAGAUUGUACUCACUAUAUAUUCAAAUAGUGGAACAGGGUAUGUGGUAGCUUGAAAUAUAAGACAGUACAAUAUUAUUGUUACAAAUAUAUUGUCCCAUCUUUAUACUUCAAGCUCCCACAUACCUUGUUCCACUAUUUCAUUAACACAGCAUGAACGCAGUCCUUCAUUUUAUGCAUUCAAACCUCCGUUAAUUUUAUUAGAGAAGACCUGAUGUUGGCCCCUCGAUGCUGGAUCUCUUGCGAGGCUUCUUGUUACAGCAGCUAAUCAGCCUUACCCCUGUUAGAGGACAGACUAUGGAAGAUUCCAAGACGGUGGAAGCAAGUUCUUUGAUAAGACUUUACAAUGCUUUAAAGGGGAUAGCAACAAUGAAGUGAGUCAAUUGCAUUAUAUUGUGAAUGGAGUGAGUCAGUUGCAUUAUAUUGUGAAUAAAGUGAGUCAAUUGCAUUAUAUUGUGAAUGAAGUGAGCCAGUUGCAUUCAAACAACUUAUCACUUAGCAACUUGCUUUUUUAAAAAUAGUAUAUGAUUAAAAAAAGUAAUUUAACCACAGUUCUGAUUUGCUUCAGAAGUCAAAUUUUCAAAUAAAGACUCAAUAACCUUAAGGCAAAAACCACCCCAAAGUGUCAGACUUGUGACAAAAACAAUCAGCACUUAUUUAUAGAAUGCUGUUUUCACUUCUGGUUAUCAUUUAAAAAAGGCGUAUACUUAUUACAGAUGCCAACAUAAUUCUCUUGCAAUCUCUCAUUUUAGAUACAGUGAUGAAGAAACUGGCUGUUUGCUUAGGCUGGUUAUUUCUCACCCUGAACUUUCCAGAGCUGGUGCCCAUUUCAUAUCACUAGGAAUUUGUACCCUUAUAGCUAGUCCCAGCCUGCUCAGGUAAAAAUACUAAAAUAAAUCAAGAAAACUUAGUAAACUAAACAUUUUUUCUUACAGAACUAUUGAACGGUGAUUGUCAACCUUGUGGACCCCUGAAAGCAAACAAUUCAUCCAAAAGCUUAUUCAUGUUCAUAGGUUUUUUAAGAUGUAAAGCAUUUUUAUUUUUUAAAUAAGAAUUUUAAUACUUCAAAUGUUUUUUUCUCUGCAGAUCUGUUGAUGAUGAGCAGCAAACUGUCAAUUGGCUACGAUGGCUGAUGCAUUCAGAGUCACAGUUUGAUAAGUAAUCAAAGUUAAUAUUUAAUUCAUUGUGAAGCAUUUACAGUGAAUGACUUUACAAGGAGAAGCUAUCUACUGAUUUCUGGCCUUAAUGAAUAAAAAUGCUGCUAUUCUAUGAAAUUUAAUUUUUCUAUAAUUUUUUGGAGCCAGCUUGCAAAAAAAAUUGUUUGAAAUUUAAAAAAAAAAAAAAUGUUAUCUUAAACAGCUUAAAGACCUUCAAAUUUAUCAGUCAGGCACGGUAGGGAAUUUUUUAAUGAUAUCAAUCAAUUUGUCUUCAGGUAUUCAUCAAAAACAGACAGCCCAGGUGAAAUGUUGUUUCUACUUGCCUUGAAUUUCCACAACAACCAGAUGCAAGCUAUAACUGAUCUUGUGUGUAAUACAUUAGGCAUGAAAGUAAGAUGUCACUUUUGUCAUCAGUUAUUUAAUUUAAACUAUAGUGGACCCUCAAUAUUCGUCCAUCUUGAUAUUUAUCUUUUCUUUAUAUUCAUCCUUUUUUUAGUCACACUUAUUUUUAUUUUUGCCACAAAUGUCGAUAUGUGUCCCACCUGCCAUGUGAGUCAGUCAGUCUGGGGUAGUGAUUCAAAGUGCUUUUAUCAACUCAUGUUAACUAGUUUAUUUCUUUUCAACAUUUAGACGUUUUUGGAGAAAUUUUUGUAAAUAAAUAUGUGACCAUCGUGUUUUGGAACCAGAGUUUGGUCCCAUAUUAUACCUCACAUUACAGGGUGUUUUACAUGAGGGUAUUGCCUUGUGAAAAAAAUGAUAUUUUACUUUGAGAAUAAUAAUAUUUUCCAUGUUUAAAUUUAUAUACACAAAAUUUAAAAAGAAAACAUUGAUUUCUCAAUCUCGAGUGCUGCUAAUGAAAGUUAUUUAUUGCAUCCUAAUUUCCAAGUUUUUUUUCUUAAAGUGCUUUAUUGAGUUUGCUUUAUUCUUAAAUUUAUAUAUAAUUAUUUUAUAUCUUAAAGUACAUGUUUUAUUGAGAAAUUUUUGCUUUAAAUAAUUUAAAAAUAUUGAUUGCUUCUAACAGAUCACAGUGAAAACAAGUGCACUUGUAAAAAUAAGACAGAUUUUUACCAUGGAACUAUUCACAGAAAAGGUGCAGACUUUUUAAAUGCUUUUUGUUUGUUGAAAUAAACUAUUAUUAAACUAUUAAUAGAAGAUUUAUCCAUAGCAUAUUCAAAGCUCUUAUUGCAUUUAGCCUAUGAAUAUUUGUAUGUAAUUCCCUAUUAACUUUCUACAAUUAAUUUAAUUCUACAAAGUAAAUCUGUUAUAUAAUUUUAUUGCAUUGUGCUCAUUCAUUCCAAAAAUGGCUUGAAUUCUUUUACCUCUAUUUUGUUACACUAUUUCAUUCCACUAUAUUUACUUAACACUGCUUGAACGCAGUCCCAUUAUUCUUUAUUCUUGGCACUAGACAGGUACCAAUUGUAUGUUCUUGUUCUUUACCUUGUUUUUUUCUCUAUCUUUUUUCCUACCAGACUUAUCUUGGUCCAUUAUUUGAUUUUUAAAUUAGUGUAUUUGGUCUUCACAUCCAAAAUAAAUAAAUAACUGUUAUAAAAAAUAAAUUUGUGUCUAAAGAUAGGGAAAUUCACAUUACAGGUACAUUAGUGGAAUUUAGGACAGGGGAUAUUUUUAAAAAAUAUUGCACAUUAUCUUCUGUGUAUCAUUUAUUUAUUUUUGUUUCUAAUUUAAAGGUUGUAGCAGCUCAUGCUAUCAAAAUUCCAGUAACUCCCAACCUAGAUGCCAAGUCUACAGGCUAUCUCCCUGUUCACAGUAUCUUACAACUCCUGAAGAGCAGAGUUUUCUCCAAGCAUAACGUGUCUAUCAGAGUAAGAAAAAAACCAUCCAUUUUAAAGGGCUGAUUUAAUCAAUGUAUUUGGAAAUGUUUCUUCACUCAAGUAUCAUAUGGUCAUUAUAUUGUGGAUUAACCUAAAACAAAUUGAGCAAUUUUCACAAUGCAGUAGAUUUUGAAGGAUUGUAAAAUAAUAUUUAUUCAGGCGUAAUUAUUUAUUUUGGUUAGAAUCAUCUCAUGUGUCCCAUAGAAUAACCUUUACAACCUUGUGUAUGCCCACUUAGUAUCGGGUUCUCAAAGAUCUAAAUAGGCUCUGUACCUGGCUAAAUCUUGCAUUUUUCUUUGGACAUUUCAGAAAUGGGUGUAUCGCCAGAUUUGCAGCAGCUGUUUUCCCUUACAUCCACUGCUGCCCCAGCUGAUAGAGUCCUAUGUGAAUUCUGUCAUCCCCAAGACACCCAAGCCCGAACACACAAAUGAACCCCUGUCAGAGGCUGAGAUACUGGCCCUCUUUGACAUUAAGAAAAAAAAUGUUGCUGGGACAAAAGAUAAGCUCCCAGUUACUAAACCUGGCAACCCUGAAAUUCAAGAGAGCCUUCUCUGUCCACAAUUGCUGAUCCUGUACUACCUACUUUUAUAUGAGGAUUUGUAUCAUACUCACAAGAAACUCAUAGGUAUUUAAAUAACCAGUUCUAUUUUUUAUAAGCAGCUUAAGUAUUUGCUUAAACACUUAUUGAAAUAUAAUUAGUCCAAUUGCUAUUUGGUAAAACAAUAUUGUAUUUUGCUAAAACAGUUUAAAAAUAACCAGUGCUAUUGGUAUUUAUUUGAUGCAGGUAAUAUUUUGGGAGAUAAUUAUCUAAAUUAUUUAAUUUUCUUAAAGUACAUGUAGUAGUCUACAACGUCAGUAAGAGUUAGAAUGCAAACCACUUGGCACUAUUAAAAUGCUUAAAUAAUCCACACAGCUGUUCAAUAUGAUACAUCCUUUACCACAUGCUGGCACCAGUGUGUCAGUUACAUGCUGCACAGAAUUGUAAACAUAGAGUCUCUCAUUUGUAUUACUUGGACUCUGGUGGGAAAACCCCUUACACUCAUGCCAAGCCUACACGCUCAUCCCAAGCCUACACACUCAUGCCAAGCCUACACACUCAUUCCAAGCCUACACACUCAUGUCAAGCCUACACACUCAUGCCAAGCCUACACGCUCAUGCCAAGCCUACACGCUCAUGCCAAGCCUACACGAUCAUGCCAAGCCUACACACUCAUGCCAAGCCUACACACUCAUGCCAAGCCUACACACUCAUGCCAAGCCAACACACUCAUCAAGCCUACACACUCAUGCCAAGCCUACACACUCAUGCCAAGCCUACACGCCUCAUGCCAAGCCUACACUUGGCAAGCCUACACACUCAUGCUAAGCCUACACACUCAUGCCAAGCCUACACACUCAUGCCAAGCCUACAUACUCAUGCCAAGCCUACACACUCAUGCCAAGCCUACAAGCUCAUGUCAAGCCUACACACUCAUGCCAAGCCUACACGCUCAUGCCAAGCCUACGCCCUCAUGCCAAGCCUACACGCUCGUGCCAAGCCUACACGUUGAUGAAUUUUGGUUCCGGAGAGGAAAACCCAGAAAUAAUAAAAUUAAUAAUUUUCAACUUCUGGGUUGUAACUAAAAAAUUAAAUAAUAAUUUAUUACAUUUUCUUUUAUUGUGCUAUAGCCAAGGAAAGUAAUUAUGAGGUGCAGCGCUGUAAUGUAUUAUGAAUAAUAUUUUAAAAUUUUGUCCACAUUAAAUAUUGAUACUUUGUAUUGCAGCUAAAAUUAGACACUUGCUAAUUAAGGAUAGUGGGAUUUUUUAUCAUUCGAAAAUGACCCCCAAAUAUUAUGUUCCCCAAAAUUAAAGUAGUUGUGUAAUAAAAUUUUGCAUAAAAGAUUUGACAAAGUCAGUGAACCCAUUAUUUGCACUUACAUCUACACUUGCAUUUCAGACGUGACCAAACUUUCCCUUACAUCUACACUUGCAUUUCAGACGUGACUAAACUUUCCCUGUACAGUGACACAGUGAUGUCACAGAUUCCCAUCAGUUACCUGGUCCAGGAGGCUCUCAAGCACCACAAUAACUGUCAAAAUGUUUUCCCACCUAUGAUCAGGUAAACUCACUUUUAGUGGAAAAUUUAAAAAAACAUUAUGUGAAACUAUAAUCAAUAAAUAUAUUGCAGUUGCUAAUUAUUUGAUCAAUAAAUGAAGGUCGGUGGUAAUUGUUUGAUCAGUUUAGAAUCUAUGAUAUUUUAUGGUAGGUGGUGAUUAUUUGAAUGUGAUAUGUGAUUAAUAAAUGAUUGAUAUUAUACAGCAGGUGGUGAUUAUUUAAUCAAUACAUACAUGUUAGGUUUUAGUUAAUGUAAUGAUCUGUUGUAGGCUGCUGAAUACCCACUUCCCACACUUGUGCCUUGUUGAAGACUGGCUGGAUGCCCAUGUGGGACUGAUGUCCAGAGACAAGUCUCUGAUCAAGAAGAGACGAGUCCCAGUCAACAUUAAGCCAGAAAUGAUCAGGGAGGGUAGGCUUUCAUUCUUUUAAAUUUUCUUUUGGGUUAUUCCUGACAUAGUAAUGGGAUUUCUCAAGAUACUGUGUAGCUGAUGUAUUCCCUUGAACAUGGUUUCCUUCGAUUUUUUUCCACAUGCUUAUUUUAUUUAUACUGCAAUCAACACAGCAACAUUUAAAACUCCAUGCACCCUGCACAUGGACACGAAAGUCCAGUCAAUUUUUGUUUAGGCUCAACAUUGAAAUAAAAAGCGGCCAAAUAUUGAACAUUCAUUUCUCACUAUGUCAUGAAAAAAAAAAAUGUUUUUAUCUCGCUAGCCAUGUCCAAUGCCCAGAGUCAGCCAUCCCAAGCUAUCAAACUGUUAGAAGAAUUACUUCACUACGGGGACACCACAACACUGAGAGUGUGUCAAGAUGUCAUUGUUGGGGGCAUUGCCAACCUUCUUCAAGAUGGCACCCCAAGGAGAUUGCUGGAUCUGACCAAAAAAGUCUGGUUUAAGCUCCACGGCUUUACACCAAGAAAGUAAGAGUUGAAUUUAUACAAUUAACUCCCCAUACUAAACACAACUGCACAGAUUUAUGUUGGGAAAACCUAGAUGUUUUUAUUAACCAGGUUAUCACAAGCCAUUGUGAGUGAUUAGCUAGGUUAUCUUUUAUGCCGGCAGUUUAAGGGUUAAUCAUAAACCCAUCACCUUUUUAUUAUUCCAGCCACUAGGAUGCAAGGUUACAUUUUUCUCCUUCUCUUUUGUUGUUUUUUCUGAUGAUCAAUGUUUUUAAAAUUCUUUCGGCUGUCCUGAAUGUUCAUUUAAGCCUUCAUCUAUCCUGUUCUUUCUUACUAUUUUCCUUGACACAGCUGGAACACAGUCCUAACCAUAUUAUUUAAUUAAUAAAAAAAUUGUCCCCACUGUUUAUUUGCUAGGAAGAGCAUAAAAUAUUUUAAAAUUGCUAUGCUCUUGAGUGAAGAUAACAGUUGAUAAAACAUCUAGUGCUCUACUGACUUUGGUAAUACAAAAUGACUUGUAGUAUUGGACUUGGUUGAUAGACCUUUGUUAUUGUAAAAUUGUCAGCAAUUAAUACACCUUUUAUUGUUCAAAGUCAACCAUCUCAUUGAACAAUAUUCUAGAUAUUUUGAAAUUAGCCACAUUAUUGUCACCCUAAUACUCCAUCUAUCCCACUACCUGACUAGAACAUUUAAUUAUUAAAUUUAGCAAGUAAGAAAUUUUGUUUUAGAUCUUUUCCUCUCUGUUUAAAAUAAGGCUACGUCUUGAUACGGUUAAUGCCCUCCAACCUACAAGGAAGUCAGCAUUUCAGAGCUCUUCACAAUUCACUGAACAGGAUCUAGUCAUUGAUCCGCUGGUUGUCUUGCGAUGUGAUGAUAGGGUAUUUAGGUAACUUGUAAAAUCUUUUCUUGCUAGAACUUAGACAUAUCUCAUGACAAAUCAAUAAACAUCAAAUAAGUUAACUUUAAAUGAUUAAAUGAUAACAUUAGGGAUGAAAAUGGCAUUUUUUUAAAAUAUAUACAUUUUUUAAUUUCACUUUUAUAUUUUUUAAUGCCAGGAGUUGGCAUAGCAUAUCUAUUUUUAUUCAGCUUAUUCUAAAAUCAUUGAAAAUUAUCUGAAAUGAUUGCAGGUGUGCACCAAUAUUAGAAAUCCUACUUCGCAUUCUGUCUGCCUACACGCAGGCGUGUCGUGUUUUCCUAAACUCCCAUGUUGUAGAUGUUGCGGCCACAGAUAAGGAGAAAGAUCGCCUUGAACUUAAGGUUGCUCUGCUGGCUGCACAAGAAAGUGCUAUAGUGCAGAUCUUAUUGGAAGUCUGUUUACCUUUAGAGAAUGAGAAGGUACGGCAUUGUCAGGUCACCAGAGUAAUUAUAUGUACUGGAAUGUGAAAGUGUAUAAGAUUCCAUCUGUUUAUACUUUAUAAGACAAGGCACAUCACCUUUUUAUUGCAUUAUGUCUUCUGGUUAGGGGUCAAAGAAAUAUAUUACUUUCAGACCAAGGCUCAUGGUGAAUUAUGCAGCCUAAGAGAGAUUCGAUGUCUGUUAUUUUCUUACAUCCACCAAGUAUUUAUAGCAGACCCCAACUUGGCCAAACUUGUUCAUUUUCAGGUUGGUAAAUAAAGUAAAAUGAAUACGGUAUAUCUAUAUAAAAUUAUUUAUUUUAAAAUAAACCUCAACCACUCAGCCAUAAUUGGAAUAGGACUCUUAGUAGUUUUCAAACAAGACACAACACCAGUGGUCCAAAUUGUUAAGAUGGGGGCAAGAUACUGCAUCCAGAUUAGCUCAAUUUAAUAAGAUUUAAUACUUCACAUAACAAAAGGUUGACUCAUUCUCCUUGUUCAACACAUCUGAAAAAAUUUUAUGCCAAGAAGGAUAAAAGGCAGUUAAUUGUCAUUGGCUGACACAUUUUUCAGGACAUUCAGUUUCUGUGGGAUCAAUAUGGAUUAAUGUAGCAAUUUGCCACAUAGAUUGGACAACAUGAUCGUCUCAUAAGUCGCAGUCCACCAAUAUUUAAUUUGUAAAUUCUAUCAACGGAAAUGUUCAUUUAUUUUAAAGAAUAGUACUUUAAAAAAAAUUAAUGCUCAGCAUAUUGUUAAGAAUAGAAUUUUGUUGAUCCUCUGCUUAUUUAUAACUUAUCAGUUUUUGCCUACUGCAGUUUCUUAUACCAAAAAUUAUUAUUAUUUUUUUUUUUGACCAAACUUUUUCAUAAACAUGGUCAUAGAAGAUAAUGAACAUUUUACUUUUUCAGGGUUAUCCCAGUGAGUUGAUACCCUUGGUUGUAAAAGGUGUUCCAUCCAUGCACAUUUGUCUUGAUUUCAUUCCAGAAUUGUUAGGACAGCCUCAAAGGAGCAAACAGGUCAGUAGAAAUUUUCAUUAAGUUUUAGUUAACCAUUAACCACAUCAGAUUAUGUGAAGCUGCAUUUACAUCGUGGCAAGAGACACAUCUUUUUUCUUGUAGUAUCAUAGAUGGCUUAAAAAUAAUAAUAAAAGUAUUGGCUGCUUGAUGUGGGAAAUAUAUGUGAUUAAAAUAAAUGUGUGACAUUUAUUUUUAUCGUUACACUGGUAUUAGUGACUUAUCAAGUCAGAUCUGUGCAUUGGGAAAUAUCCAACUCUCUGGCUUUCUUGUAAUUGUUUCAGUAGAUGUAAUUAAAGAAAUAAAGUGCCUGGACUGUGUUUUUUAAAUUCACAGAAGCAAAAAUUAAUGUUUUUAAUUACACUCCCCCACCCCCUCCCAAAUGUUCAUUCAUAAUGUGACCCUAUGACUUUUAUGGACCUUAAAUAGGGAUUUAUAAAAUUCUCCUCGUGCUAAAGCUUAAAACUCAUGCACUUUAGAUUGUUUUUAAAGCUGAAAAAAUGGCUAAUAUUUCUCAUAAAAUAACAGUCAGUGAAAAAAAAAAUAUUAACAUAAUCUUGUUUAAUUUUUAUUAAAAGCCUGUCCAGAUUGAGAAUAUUAGUUAUAAAUCCAUUAAUUUUGAUAAAUUUGCUGCAUUCUCAAAGUCAGUAAGUGAUGUUUUUGUAAAGUUACCCUUUCCCAAUGUCUUUCCCGCUCAGAAAAUAAUUACAAUAUUUUCAGAUAUUUGGUAUCCAACUUCUUGCUCAUCUUUGUACACAGUACCAUUUACCAAAGUCAAUGAAUAUUGCCAAAUUAGGCAUAGAUGUUAUGUUUACACUGCUUUCUGGUAAGUCUUUGCAUGAUCAUUUAAAUUAAACAUUUUUCUUUAAAAAAAAAAAUGAUAUUUUUUCAAAGGAUGGUUUUAAAGGCUGGAGAUAAAUUGAAUUACUUUUAAUUUACUGUUGUCACUCACCGAUAAUCCAAAAGAAACAUAUUUUUUAAAACUAUUUUUUUCAUUUCUUAAAUUUCAGUUUUAGAGAAAAAUGAGUGGGUUGCAUUUUUUCAACAAACAGUCCCCAGUUUGCUCCCUAUUUGUGAAGCUUUCCCUCCCUUGUGCGAUGAUGUCACAGCGUUAUUGACUCAACUUGGCAGAGUUUGCUAUUCACAGAUGACAGUUUCAGGAAACACCUCUAGAUUGUGUAAGCUGUUACAGUUACAGUUUUAAUAUAAAUAUGUUCGGAAUUAAAACCAAAACGGUGUCUGUCUGGACAGUUCAUUAGUAAUUAAUAUUUGCACAAUUCGUUCAUUUUAUUGUGUUAAACUCUAACUCAUCAUACAUCUCUACAGACAUGGGUAAUCUGCACAAUGGCGGGGGUGCUAAAUUGUACAAAUGUCUAUAAAUAGAGCAAUUUUAUUUAAACUCUAGACUACAACUCUACAAACUCCAAUGAUCUCAUGAAUGCAGAUAUAAUUAUUAUUUCAAUGACCAUUUAUGUCUAUUAAGUUUAAAUUCAUGUUAGUACAACAGCUUAGUUAUAUGAAUUUGAAUGACACUAGCUGAUAUACAUUUUAAAAAAAAGGAUUUAGUUUAUUUAUUAGUCAUAAUAUUCUAGUUUGAUUGGCUUGUUUGAUUUCUGCAUAAAAAGAUAGUCUAUAAAUAUGAAUUGGAUACUUCAUAAAUUGUCUAUCUUUUCAGGCGCUCAGAGAGACCAGAACCAGAACAAAAGCUCCAAUGGCAAGCCUUCUAAAUUAUCUGCAUGUGGCGACUAUGAGACACUCUAUCAAACAGUGGAGUGCACAUUUCAACAAAUCUGCAGUAAGGCCUUAGUGCUUGGGAAACUGUAUUGAAUUUUAAGCUUGGAAAUGAAAAAAAUGCCUAUAUAUUUUUGUGUAUACUUAUGGAGUUGUUACUGUACAGAUAUUAAUGUAUUAAAGUUUUGUCUUUUUACAAUAACAAUAAGUUUGUUAAAUUUG